CAGUUAAAGCAUUAGCUGAACUGAAAUCUCAAUCUUUCUUCCAUGGCUGAGACGAGAAAUCCCUAUCACAAUCAUCCAUUGAAGCUACAACACCCUUUAAACGAAUAUGAUCUUUACUGCCACGGUUGCGACCGACACACCGUCGACGACAAGGGUCCAUUCUUCAAAUGUCUAGGUAAACUCUGCCCCUUCAAUCUUCACAAAUCAUGUGCUUCACUUCCCAAACAGAUAAUAUCUCAUUCCUUCCACCCAAAUCAUACACUCACUCUCCUCUCUCGUCCGCCCCACAACCGAGAAUCCUUCCAAUGCGACGCUUGCUUGAAGAACAACGGCGGCUUCACUUUUCAUUGCGCCGACUGCAAUUUCAACUUAGAUGUAUGUUGCUCUCAACUGAUCCCUAAAGAAAUUGUCAACGAGAAUAAUGGGUUUGAUGGGAAAUCACAUUCCUGGAUCAUUUGUAACAGUAACGACAAAUUUAAGGUAUUAUGCUCAGCCUGCAAGUUACCAGUUGAAAACCCUAUUUACGUUUGUUUAGAAUGUAAAUUGCUGAUGCAUAAAUCGUGUACCCAAUUGCCAAAAUCCAUUCGACACCCAUUUCACAAACCCCAUAGUUUAUUGCUGACGAGAUGGGUAGGGAACGAGGGCAAUGGGUUCUGUAGCGUCUGUUGGGACGUUUUAGACGACUCGAUCGGGUACUCUUGCGACGAAUGCAAGUUCAAAUUGGACAAGAAAUGCGCUUCACUUGUCGCCAAGACCUACGAAUUCCAUGACCAUCCUCUUGUUCUUGUGCCCACACUUAGUAUUUUCAAUUGUCAUAGGUGUGAGUGUGGAAAAUGUGUGCCCAUGUUGCAUUGUAUUGAUGAGGAUUGCGGGUUCAAUCUCCAUCUACAUUGUAUUCCUUCACUGCCUAGUGUUGUCAACUACGAAGGUCACAUUCAUCCUCUUACAUUAACGAAUACCCAAAUCAAAGACCACGAUGAUGAGGAAGGUUAUGAGGAGUUCUAUUGUGAUGCUUGUGAGGAACUUAGGUUAUUGCCUGAUCCUACUUAUUAUUGCGAAGAAUGCCACUAUGUUGCUCAUGUUCGAUGCUUAAUCUCUGAUGAAGAGGUUCUUGCAUUAGGAAAAGAACUCGUUGAUCUAUCCUUAGAUGUUAGCAUUUCGACGGAAGGAAGUGUGGAGGAGGGCUUGUCGAAGGAGAGUGAUAACUAUAAUGGUUUUCCCACCACAAAGUUGGAGAAAGAGAUAAAAUCAGUGAUUUUAGAAAUAGAAUCACUUACAGCUAAACUCGAGGGUCUCAAGAGAGAACGUGUUCAUGCUUCUAGAGUGCUCGCAGCUUAUCACGAGAAUCGAAGAGCUAAUCCUGACUCUAGUUUUAAUGGCAUUGCAGGAGGAUAUGAUUCUAGGAAGAUGGGAGACGAAGAUGACAGCUUUGGAUCUAGGACAUAUUGUAUAUUCUGCCGUCAAAUAAUCCCUCCUCAGAGAGGACCUCUCUAUUGCCGCCUUGAUAUCAACUGUACUUUCAGUCCUCACACUACUCCCGGCCGAUUACUAAAAUCAUGCGCCAAAUUGCCGCCACAAAUCUCUCACCCUUCCCAUCCACAGCACCCCCUCUCUCUUCUCUCUCGUCCGCCAUACGCUUCCAGUAGCUUCACCUGUGAUUCCUGCAAGAAUACUGGCCUUCACUUCGUCUAUCAUUGCGCCGAUUGCAAAUUCGAUUUGGACGUUUUGUGCGCUUCUCUCCUCCCUAGCCAAGGAGGCGGAGGCGACGACGAGACGACUGCUGGUUCGCAUUUAGGGCUUGAUGGAACCACGCUACAUUCAUGGAACGUUUACAGUAGACAUGAGAAAUUUGAGGUAUUGUGCUCAGCUUGUAGAUCUCCAAUUGAAUCGCAGAUCUGUGUUUGUCUGGAAUGCAAAGUGUUUAUGCAUAAAUCUUGUACUCUUUUGCCUACUAAGAUUAUGCAUCCAUUACAUAGCCUCCAUCCAUUGUCACUGUUUAAGUGGGAUUCAUUUUAUCCCUCUGAUGAUGGAUCGAGAGAGCAGCCGUGUGAAGGUUGUUGGGGAAAGAGAGGGCGAUGCAUUGCAUGUGGGGACGGAUUAGAAGGAAAUUAUGUUUAUCAGUGUUUGGACUGUCAAAUCAAAAUUGAUAUCAAAUGUUCAUUCCUCACUCCUAAAACCUAUGAUUUUCACGAUCAUCCUCUUGUUCUUGUGAACACGAGUUCCUUUGAUUGCAACUAUUGUCAGUGCAAAGAUUGCUCUCCAAUGCUGAGAUCUGUCAAUAAUUGUGAUUACAAUGUUCAUCUUCAUUGUGUUCCUUCACUUCCUCAAACAGUUGUGCGUAAACAUGUUCAUCCACUCAAACUUGCUGAUUAUCCGAUAAAAGACUAUGAUGAUGAGGCUGAUGAUGUUGAGUUGUAUUGCGAUGCCUGUGAGGAGCUUAGACCCUUGAAUGAUCCCACUUAUUAUUGUCAUGAAUGUCACUACGUUUCUCAUGUUCGAUGCGCCAUUUCUGAUGAAGACCUGCUUGAACUGGGUAAAGACUUGCCAUCUGUUUCUGAAUUAAACGACGAAAGUGAAGGCAAUUCCAUUGACAUGACGAACAAGGGGGGUGCAGAGGUGAUAAGAACAAAAGGGAAUAUAAUGCACGAGCGUUUAGUGCGUAACUGCAAGGAUUUGGACCAUCAGAUAGAAUCAGUUCAAUUAAGGCUACAAGAACUAGCGUCGAAACUAGAAGCACUCAACCUAGAACAAUCCCGGGUCAUUCAAUCAUCUCCUAAUCCUCCACCAAAUGUUAAUGUAUGUUAAUGGCAUUGGACUAUUGGAGGAUAUAUCGAUCAGGUUACACUUGCACAUUAAUUCUUGUUAAAUUCACUUUUAGUUGUCUUAAACCAUGUUUGAUUGUUAUUCUUCUUUGGUGUUUUUCUUCUACCAUCUUGAUUUGAUGUAUUAUAUUACAUUCCAUCUAAGGGCAAGAUGUUGAUUAUGA